CUACGGACGCGCACAAGUACGCCGGCCAAGAGCCCGGCGGAAAAUACGCGCCCAUCACCACUUCUGCCGUUCGGUUCCCUCUUACCAGUUUCAGGCCCUUUUUAACUCUCUUUUCAAAGUUCUUUGCAUCUUUCCCUCACGGUACUUGUUCGCUAUCGGUCUCCCACCCGUAUUUAGCCUUAGAUGGAAUUUACCACCCGUUUGGUCUGCAAUCCCAAGCAAACCGACUCGUCGAAGACGCACCGUACGACGCGGUCCGAGGCACAGACGGGAUUGUCACCCUCUCCGAUGCCCUGUUCCAAGGGACUUCUCCCCGGACCUUGCCUGGCGUCGCCUCUUUAGACUACAACCCAACCUUGAUUAAGGUCAGUUUACAAUCUGGGCUGAUCCCGCUUCAGUCGCCCUUACUAGGGGAAUCCUUGUUAGUUUCUUUUCCUCCGCUUAGUUAUAUGCUUAAAUUCAGCGGGUCCUCUUGCGUCACGGAGGCUCAAGAUUGA